AUGAAGUGGUGGAAUUGGCUGCCCAUCCUACUCUUCUCCGCGCGAGAUGCCAUUGCUGUGCAGAAACGAGAUUACGACGCCCACGAUUAUUACGCCGUUCACCUGAGAAGAGGCGUCAACCCCGAGGAGGUCUCCAGACACCUCGGUCUUGAUUACGAUGGUCGUCUCGGUGAGUUAGAGGACCACUAUAUCUUCCGCGCACACCAAAGACAACAUGAAUACGACCAUAUUCGAACAGAGAAGCAGAGUCUCAAGCAAAGGCGAAGGAAACGGGAGCCAGGCGCCGAACAGCCGCAUAUUCUCGACAAUGUGCUCUUGUCAAAGAAGCAAGAGUUGCACAAGCGCUUCCCGCUAGAGAAGCGCGUUCCUCCCUCGUAUAUUGAAGAGCGACAGAACUUUGGGACUGGCGUUCCUCACGGCGAUGCAAAAGCUAUUCAGGAAGGCUUGCAGAUUGCGCAGAAUCUCAGUAUUUCAGACCCCAUCUUUCAGGAGCAGUGGCAUUUGCACAACAUGGUGGAGGUUGGGCAUGAUAUCAACGUGACUGGCGUAUGGCAGCAGGGAAUCACGGGCAAGGGCAGCACUGUCUGUAUUGUGGACGACGGUGUGGACAUGGACAGCGAUGAUCUCAGGGAAAACUACUUCGCAGAAGGAAGCUGGGACUUUAAUGACCCUGGCCCAGAUCCGAAGCCCAGAUUGUCCGACGACAAACAUGGUACUCGCUGUGCUGGUGAGAUUAGUGCAGUGCGGAACAACGUGUGCGGUGUUGGCGUUGCCUAUGACGGAAAGGUUUCGGGCUGCAGAAUCCUCAGCAAGGUCAUUUCCGACGCAGACGAGGCGACCGCCAUGAACUACGAAUAUCAGAAAAAUCACAUAUACUCUUGCUCCUGGGGUCCCCCCGACAACGGCCAAGCCAUGGAAGAACCCGGCAUCAUCAUUCGGAGGGCGAUGGUCAACGGAAUCCAGAAAGGGAGAGGUGGACUUGGAAGUAUUUUCGUGUUCGCCAUUGGUAAUGGGGCUGCGAAUGACGACAACUGCAACUUUGAUGGUUAUACCAAUAGCAUCUACUCCGUCUCGGUGGGCGGAAUCGACCGCAAGGGCAAGCAUCCAUAUUACAGCGAGAAGUGUUCUGCGCAACUGGUUGUGACCUACUCCUCCGGAUCUGGAGAUGCGAUCCAUACCACCGACGUCGGCGCAAAUACCUGCUAUAUCAACCAUGGAGGUACAUCGGCAGCCGGACCUCUUGUUGCUGGUAUUUAUUCGCUCAUGCUGGAGGUCAAUUCGAAUUUGACUUGGAGAGAUAUUCAGUGGCUUACCGUCAUCACUGCCGUAAAGCUAACCGAGCCUGCGGAGUAUCAGAUGAAUACGGCCAUGGGCAAAGAGUUCAGUCACCAAUUUGGCUAUGGCAAGGCAGACGCUUGGGCUCUUGUCGAGGCGGCCAAGACAUGGAAGAACGUGAAGCCGCAGGCAUGGUUCUUCAGUCCCUGGCUUCAUGUCAAACAUGCCAUCCCUCAAGGCGAGACCGGAAUUGCUUCAAGCUUUGACGUCACUGAACAGAUGCUCAAAGACGCGAACGUGGCGCGAGUCGAGCAUGUGACCGUGACCAUGAACGUCGAACACACCCGCCGCGGUGAUCUAUCCGUCGAUCUUCAGAGCCCGUCUGGCAUGGUCAGUCACAUCGCUACUGCCAGACGCAACGACAACGCGAACGCAGGCUACGUCGAUUGGACCUUCAUGAGCGUUGCGCAUUGGGGAGAGACUGGCAUCGGUAAAUGGACUGUCAUUGUGAAGGACACGAAUGUCAACGAGCACACUGGUGUCUUCACAGAUUGGCAUUUCAAGAUCUGGGGAGAAUCGAUUGACGGAGACAAGCAACAACUCCUGCCAAUCCCGACAGAGCAUGAUGAUGACGAUCACGACAUGAUCCAGACCGUUACAACAACCGCUCACACUACUAGUCUCGCUACGCCUACAGGUGAAGGCAACCCCGAGCCCACCCACACCGACCUCCCAACUCGCCCAGUCAGGCCUUCCAAGGUUCCAGCUCCUACCAGCGCCGUGCCAACUGGAACACCAACCGAGGAUGAAAAAGUCAACGAGCCGUCGGCGACUUCGACAUCCGGAUUCGGAAACUUCCUCCCACACCCCUUCCCAACAUUUGGCGUCAGCAAACGCACACAGGUCUGGAUAUACGGCGCAAUCGCCAUUAUUGGGCUCUUCCUGGUCGGGUUGGGGGUAUGGGCAUGGUACAUGCGCCGCAAGAAGCGAUGGAUGAACCGCGACGACUACGGGUUCGAGAUGGUCGAUCAUGACGACGAUAACGAUGAAUCUGCUCCUUUGGCUAAUGGGAACGGGUAUGCCAACGGUGGAGCAGGACGGAGAAAGAAGAGGGCCGGGGAGCUCUAUGAUGCGUUUGCAGAAGGAUCCGAGGACGAAGCCGAGAUGUUCGACCUUGGCAGUGACGAAGAGGAUGAUGAAGUAGAAGUAGCGAGCGAUGACGGGGCCGCGAAGAGAGCAGAGAGAUACAGGGACGAUGAACCUACCAGGGAGGGCACGGAUGUGAAUUAG